AUGAUGUUUCCUCAAAAGAACAUUGCAAGAGACCAUUGGGGUUUUCUACUUCUAUGCUUUUCAACCUUCAUUGCUGCUGGUUAUGGGAACUGUGGAGCUCCUUUGAGGUUGGACUUUGCCAUUGUGGAAAGUCAAUUUAGUGGCCAAGACAAUUUUUCUGUUGGUGCUAAUGUAAGUUAUUCCUGCAUACCUGGAUACAUCCGUGUUCCUGGAAGCAAAAAUGUUAUAUACUGCUUGGAUAAUUCAACAUGGUCAACUCCUGAAGUGUUCUGCCAGCGGAGAAGUUGUCCAUACCCUGGAGAUACAUUAAACGGAGAUGUGCACAUCGACAAUCUGCUCUUUGGAUCUAGAGUAAAU